AUGCAGAAAGCCAGACCUCCACCCCCUCCACCAAAACCCAAAGCCCUCUCCUCCAACCUCGUAGCGUCUGCCCACCAUCCACGCAGCCGCAAGCGUGGACUAGGAUGGCCCUGGAACCAGCCCAGCACGCACUUCGCACUCUACGAGCCGCACGCGCGGACGGGCAAGAUCUCGUGGAUAUGCAAUUGGGAGUGCUGGGUCCCGGACUCUGUGCCCGCGGGGGUGGAAUGGGUCCCCUGCGUGCGCACGGCGGCCACGGCGCGCGACCAACUCGACCCGUUCCUGACGGAUAUCGUGCAGAACCGCGGGAUCCAGACCUCGGCACUGCUGGGGUUCAACGAGCCCGAGAUCCCCGACCAGGCCAACCUGCCCGCCGACGAGGCGGCCAGGCUGUGGACCGACGUCGUCGUGCCCGCGAAGAAGAAAUUCGGCCUCCGCCUGGGCAGCCCCGGCAUGAGCAGCGACGUGUCGAGGAGCAAACCCUGGUUGAACACCUUCCUCUCCCUCCUGGGCGGCGCGCACGAGAUCGAUUUCCUAGUGCUGCAUUGGUACGGCCCGCGGUUCGCGGACAUGAGGUCCUUCCUCGAGGACAUGCACGCCACGUACGGCCUGCCCGUGUGGGUGAACGAGUUCGCCUGCUCGCGCAUGGGCGAUGGGGAGGCCCGCGUCGACGAGGUCGAGGCCUUCAUCAGGGAGGCGGUGCCUUGGUUGGAGGCGUGCCCGUGGAUCGAGCGUUACGCCUACUUUGGGAAUCAGGACGUUGGCACUUGGGUGGGGAAGGCGAGCAACUUCACAGAGGAAGCGACUCAGGACGCGACAGCUACGGACGGAAGACGCUUGACGAGAGUGUCGAGACUCUACUGUGAGCUUUGA